AGCGGGUGGUGGGGGGUUGCACUGCGGUAAUAUGGCUCUUCCUUAGCGAGCGGCGGCGGCAGGCGGAGGUGGGGUAGAGCGGUCCUGCCUCUCGGGUGGCUGGUUUCUGGGCUGUAGGGGCUCGGCAGAUCGUGACUGGGCGGUGGUGGCGGAUGCCGGAGGAGCGCGGGCCCCGCCGCUUGGCGGCCCCCGGGUUGAGAUGAGCACCUCGGCGUCGGUCGGGGCCCCGAUCCCCCAGCCGCCCCCGGGCCAGGCCGCCGCGCUGCCUCCCGGUUCCACCGCGCGGGCCCUGCAUGUGGAGCUGCCGUCUCAGCAGCGGCGCCUUCGACAUCUCCGGAACGUCGCUGCCCGGAACAUCGUCAAUAGAAAUGGCCAUCAGCUCCUUGACACCUACUUCACACUUCACCUGUGUGACACCGGGAGGCCGUGUAAAGAAUUUUAUAGAAGUGAAGUGAUUAAGAAUUCCUUGAAUCCAACGUGGCGGAGUCUGGAUUUUGGAAUCAUGCCGGACCGCCUCGAUACGUCUGUGUCCUGUUUCGUGGUGAAGAUAUGGGGCGGCAAGGAGGACAUUUACCAGCUGUUGAUUGAAUGGAAAGUCUGUUUGGAUGGACUGAAAUAUUUGGGUCAGCAGAUUCAUGCCCGCAACCAAAAUGAAAUAAUUUUUGGGUUGAAUGAUGGCUAUUAUGGUGCUCCAUUUGAACAGAAGGGUUAUUCAAAUGCUCAGAAGAAUAUUCUUCUUCAGGUAGAUCAGAACUGUGUUCGCAAUUCUUAUGAUGUCUUCUCUUUGCUGCGGCUUCACAGAGCCCAGUGUGCAAUUAAACAGACUCAGGUAACUGUUCAGAAAAUUGGAAAAGAAAUUGAAGAAAAACUGAAACUUACAUCUACAAGCAAUGAGCUGAAAAAAGAAAGUGAGUGCCUGCAAUUAAAAAUUUUGGUGCUUCGAAAUGAACUGGAAAGACAGAAGAAAGCUUUGGGACGGGAAGUGGCUUUACUGCAUAAGCAACAAAUUGCAUUACAGGACAAAGGAAAUGCAUUUCAAACGGAGCACCUCAAGCUGCAGCUCCAGAAGGAAUCUCUCAGUGAGCUGAGGAAGGAGUGUACGGCGAAAAGAGAACUCUUUCUGAAGACUAAUGCUCAGUUGACGAUUCGUUGCAGGCAAUUACUGUCUGAGCUUUCCUACAUUUACCCUAUUGACUUGAAUGAGCAUAAGGAUUACUUUGUAUGUGGUGUCAAGUUGCCCAAUUCUGAGGACUUCCAAGCAAAAGAUGAUGGAAGCAUUGCCGUUGCCCUCGGUUACACUGCACACUUGGUAUCCAUGGUUUCCUUUUUCCUGCAAGUGCCCCUCCGAUAUCCUAUAAUUCAUAAAGGAUCGAGAUCAACAAUCAAAGAUAAUAUUAAUGACAAGCUGACUGAAAAGGAGAGAGAGUUUCCAUUAUACCCCAAAGGAGGGGAGAAGUUGCAGUUUGAUUACGGGGUCUAUCUUCUGAACAAAAAUAUAGCACAGCUAAGAUAUCAGCAUGGACUCGGCACGCCAGACUUGAGGCAAACCCUCCCUAACCUGAAAAACUUCAUGGAGCACGGACUGAUGGUCAGGUGCGACAGACAUCACACCUCCAGCGCGAUCCCUGUUCCAAAGCGACAAAGCUCCAUGUUUGGGGGUGCAGACGUAGGCUUCUCUGGGGCCAUCCCUUCACCGGACAAGGGACACCGGAAACGGGCCAGCUCCGAGAAUGAGAGACUCCAGUACAAAACCCCUCCUCCCAGUUACAGCUCCGCAGUGGCCCAGCCGGUGGCCGGCGGCCCCCCCGAGGGCGAAGCCGAGAGGAACACGGCGUCUCUGUCUUCCUCCUUGGACACCUCGUUGGACUUCUCCAAAGAAACCAAGAAGAAAGGGGUGGAUCUGGGCACCAGCCUGCACGGAGGCCACGCGCGUGUGAACCCGAGCCAGGAGCAGGGCCCGGCCCUCCCGGGGCCUCCGGCCACCGUGAACGGCACCCUCCUGCCCGGCGAGCAGGCCGGCUGCUCCAGCGCCCCGCUCCCCGGGGGCUUCCGCCCCGGGUCCGAAGCCGAGCUCCGCUGUACCGUGGAGCAGGCGGAGGAGAUCAUCGGGCUGGAGGCCACGGGCUUCACCGCCGGCGAUCAGCUGGAAGCCUUUAGCUGCAUCCCCGUGGACAGCGCCGUGGCCGUGGAGUGCGACGAACAGGUGCUGGGAGAAUUCGAGGAGUUCUCCCGAAGGAUCUAUGCCCUGAACGAGAACGUAUCCAGCUUCCGUCGGCCUCGCAGGAGUUCUGAUAAGUGAAGCGAGCAAGCGAGCGAGUGGACAGGCAGGGGGGACCAGGACCGCGGCCGCCUGACAUGAGGAUAAAGCUGCACUGUUGGCCUUUGUAACACCGACGACACAAAUGGCCGAUUCCCGGCGGACAGGCCUCAGCAAAACAGACGGUGCGAGUGGAGGAGGCCCUCCGGCUCGUUGCCCGUCAGUGGGCCAGACGAAGCGAGCUUUUGCUUUGCAGGCCUGAUGCUGGUUUCCAGGCAGGAGUCCCUCUCUGGCUUUUGUCACCUUAUAGGCACUUGUCUGCUUUUUUAUGCACACGUCUAUGUUAUCCUCAGAGGGAAGAUGAUAAUAUAUAAGUAAUAUGAUGAACUUGCCUUUAGAUUCUCCUAAGCAUUUGCCCUCGCCCUUCACCGGUUUUGAACCUUUGGGGAAAUUGAAUAUUCGGCAGAGGGGCUCCACCGUUUCCUGAAGGCUCUUUGGCCAUCCAUUAAGUUGAUGAGCAAGAAGCACAAUGGUCUCCUUACACCCAAGCUUCAGGCCCUGUCCCCAGGCCCCACCGUCCACCUCGCUGUGCCCCCAUCCUCACGGCCGAUGCGUUGUGCAUCCCGACAGCGGAGGGCGUCAGAGUCCUUGGUUCUUGAAAGCAGCCGCCGCGACCUCCCCUCUUCUAGUCAGCCCCCCCUCCUGAUGCGCCCCUCAUUAUAUGGAAAAAGCCUCACCUCUGGCGGAUGCCAGGGGACCCUCAAGGACCCCCAGCUUACAGGAGUCGGGUGGCAUUCAGGUCCCUUUGGAGGCCAAAGUUCUUACAUGGGCAGCUGCUGGGGUCAAAAACUGGGCCUGCUUUCUGGCCAUGCAGUCACCCUAGAGAAAUCCCUACAUGUACAUCCCACGUUAAUUUAUUAAAUUUCAUUCGGAAAGGAAGGCCUUGUAUAUGAUGAAAUUUAUGUAGAGUCAGCCUGUCCAAUGUGCAAACUGCAAGGCAGUUGAGGUAGUUGGAUUAAGAGACUAGAUGAGGCAUAGAAUUCUAUUGGUAUGUGUGCAAUUGCAUAAAUAUUAAAUUAUGUUUCUAAGUCCAUUUUCCUUCCUGGAGCUCUGAUUUCAUUUGCUAUUGCUCUAUACUUUAUAUACCCAAGGACAUCGCCUCAGGGUUGCAAGCUCUUUAAGGAAAUUUUAUGCAUAUAUCCAUGUAUUAUAUAGAAGAAUAAAAAUGGAGUUUACUUCACUCGACCUGAUUUUUUUUUUCCCUCCCAGCUUUGAAAUUCCUCUCAAACCUGCAUCUCCAUAUGUUACAUCAUGACAGGACGCGCCUGAACCAACCCUGUGGCUGUGUUUAACCUUGUUGACGUCAUCUGAGUUUACAUAUUGUGUACAGCCCCACACCUGCACAGGUGUACUCUGCCGUAGCUCACCUGUCCUCCGUAACAACUUAGCUCAUGGGUCUCACAUCAUUUUCGUAUUUUAGCCAAGCUUUCCUGGGCUCAAUUUUAAUACAGGGCUGUGUUGUUAAGUGGAAUAGCUCACGUUGUUGUGUUUCAUGUAGAGUUCACAGCAUCAUCUCGAGACAGACCGACCCAACCUGCAAGCAAUUAAAAGCUUUAACUUGAGCUGAAGAAAUCCAUCUUAUUCCUCGUAAAGAGGUGGAACGCCUCUAAACCUGGACCAGAGGCCAUCUGUGGAGUCAUGGCCUCUUUGCAGUGUAGAGUCAACGAGGGUAGAGAGAGACAUGGGCUCGGAUGUACGUCGGACUGGGCACUGGGGAAGUGACAUCAACCCCCUUGCAGCCCUCCGCCCCCCCC